GUCAACUGGUUCACCUGAUAAAAACCAUCCUGGACUGAGGUGGUCAAGAUUUUGUAGACAGCUUGGGACACAGUGAGCUACCUGAGAGGCAGACAGAAUAUGAGAAGAAAUAGAUAGAAGGGAAUUGCUGGAAUGGUCAGUGAAUGAGCUGCUAUGCAAGGUGUAAGAGGACCUCAAGAAGGCAGCGACUCCUGUGAUGCACAGCUGAUAGCAAGGAAAGCUUCAGAGGUUUGAGAUGCACCAGGCACUUCAGAGUGCUGGACACUGUGCCAAGAGGAUUAGACGGCACCCUGCUGAGGAAGGAGACUUUGAGUAGGAAAGCAUGUUAAGCCUCAACAUCACUUACUUUGUACUGAUAAUGGCAAGGUCUAUGACAUCAGAGUGGGAUAGAUGCCAGCAUGAGAAUCUCCCCCAGAUACCCAGAGUUCCAUACCACAUGACAUUUGGUUCUGGGUUACCAGGUACCAAUGGUCAGAAGAGAGCCAUCCCAGAUGCCUCUCCUGCUGAUCUUCAGGAUUCCUUGAGCCCCAUUUUUCAAUUAGCCCCAGGCCAGAUGUCCACUGGGAACUUCUGUGCUCUUCUUCAGCCUGGCCAUGGGUCAUUGCAGCCACCAAGUCCAACACAGUACACAAGAGCUGUGGAAGAAGGUGAGGAGGCCCUCCACUGCCAACAUCCCUUCCCUCCUCAGAACAAUCAGGAAAAAAACAGUAUGGAUGUGUGGUGCAACGGUGAAAUAAUAGAGUCAGCGGGUGAGUUUGUAGAUGAUGGGACUGAAACACACUUCAGUGUUGGGAGCCAUGACUGUUACAUAAAGGCCGUCAGCAGCGGGAAGAGGAGAGAAGGGAUCAUCCACACCCUCAUUGUGGAUAACAGGGAGAUCCCAGAGAGCCUUCAGUGACUGCUCGUCAAUGAGUUCUGAGCUGAAGAGGACUUACUAAUGGCUGCGGUAAUUAAAUGUGUUCACUCUGUA